AUGGUCACACGACCAAAAAUCCUGAAUUCUCCUACGACAAUGGAAAGCGAAUUAUUCAACAUCCUACGCGGUUAUGCGGGACUCUACCCACCGCAGCAUUUGAAUUUUCCGUCAACUUUGCCGCUGGAGCUCCUGCACGACUUCUUUCUUAAUCAGCUCCUACUAGAUCCACACUUUGAGGCUUUCCCGCCGUCUGAACAAUACCAGAAGACAUUCUGGAAAUGGACCAUUGCGCAACUUGAGAGAAAACUUGCUGACUCAGACUUCGAAAUCGAUUCUCGAAUAUACGACCACUAUUUGGCCUUACUGAAUACGACAUCGCAAUCGGGCCCGCCGUCGCAAAGUUACAUUACGCACUUUUGGAAGCCGUUGGGCUCAGAAAUUACCACUGCGCACCAAAAGACAACACUCCUCGAGUCGAGGACAAUGAUUGAAGGAGGGACUACUGGAAUGCGAACGUGGCUCGCUAGCCUCGUCCUUGCCCAACACCUGAUCACCAACCCCGAUAUUGUCCAGCAUAAAAGGGUUUUGGAACUCGGCGCUGGUAUUGGAUUCUUAGGCUGCAUUGUGGCUACUAUUCAACACCUCCAAGGCGCUUAUGGCGCUUUGUGGUUGACCGAUAUCAACGAAACGGUACUUUCAAGAUGUCAGGACAACAUCAAGCUUACGUGCAACCUCUCGUCAUCCCAUCCUCAUGUCCGCUGCUGCUCUUUAGACUGGUCAGCAGCCUUAGAAGGACUUGCGCCUGUCACUUCGCUCCUCGACGAAAUAGCGCCUGAACUCAUUCUCGGGGCGGACAUCGUCUUUGAUCCAGAGCUCAUUCCUCCACUUGUUGCCAUCCUCCGCCUUUCUCUUCGUCCGAAACCUCGUUCCAUGGCAAUUAUCGCGCUCACGUUAAGGAACCCGGCCACAAUGCAGAAAUUUCUUGAUGCUGUCGCAAAUGUCAAUGACCUGGUACUCGAAGACAUUGAUCCUGAACCCACGAGCCAUGAUAUGUUUGUUGAGGGCGUUGAGGGAAGCGCCACGGUUAAGAUCUUCAAGAUCCAAUAUCGCGCGUAG